AUGGCAUCCGCCGCCGCCGCCACCAACGGCCUCAAGGUCGCGUUGCUGAGGCCCGCGCUGCAGCGGGCGCCGCGCAUCCAACCGAUUCUGCUGGUGGCCUCAUCCGCCGCCGCGCCGCUCUCGACGACGGCCAGCCUUGCCGCCGCGCCCUCGGGCCCCAAGAGCCGCCAGGACAUUGUCAAGUCCCCAAAGAAGACGUUCAACAAGAAGCGCCUCGGCGUGGAGAGCGUUAGGAAGCCCGCCCCAGGCGAGCGCAAGGCCUUCCGCAAGCGCAUCACCCUGAGCAGCAACAGCGCCCUGGCCGUCGAGGGCCUGCAGGUGCUCGGCUCAGGUGUCUUGGCCGACGCGCGGAGCGCGGGCACCGUCGUCGAGCUGCCCGACCAGGUAGUGGACCAGCUCCGCGCGCUCGGUGCCUUCCGCCCCGGCCAGAGCUGGGGUCUGUUCCGGAAGCCGCACGUCCUGGUGCGCAAGGAGACGGUGGACAUGGUUGCCAGGAUGGACAAGGCCGUUUCCGACAAGACGGCGGCCAGGAUUGUGCUCACUGGCAGCCGGGCCUCCGGCAAGAGCACGGCGCUUGUCCAGGCGAUGAGCCACGCGCUGAAGAACGACUGGGUGGUCAUCAACAUCCCUGAAGCCCAGGAUCUUGUCAUCGCCCACACAGACUACGUACCCGUCCCGGACACGGUGCCGAUGCAAUUCACGCAGCCCACGUAUACUCUCAACCUCCUGCAAAACAUUCUCAAAGCCAACAAAGCAGUGCUAGAGAAGGUCAAGAUUGAGCAAAAAUCUUCGCUGACAGCCGGCUUGUCCGAGGGCUCCUCGCUCGCCGACCUCAUCGUCAACAUCAGAGAGCCUGAUGCCGCGUGGCCAGGUUUCCUCGCCUUGUGGUCCGAGCUGAUGUUGCCCGGGCGGCCGCCGGUAUUCAUGGCCAUGGACGGCCUCACCUUUGCCAACAAAGACACGCAGUACCGCGACCCGGCCUUCAACAAGGUCCACGCCCACGACCUUACCCUCAUUGGGCACUUCUUCGCCGCCCUCUCCGGCACCACCCCGAUGCCCAACGGCGGCGCCGUCAUCGCCGCCGACUCGGCCAGCAACACGCCCGCGCGCCACCCUUCCGAGGCGCUCGUCCUCGGCCAGCUCGAGGCCGGCCAGGCCGGCCGCGAAGUGCCGGUCCCGGACCCGUACCUCCGCGGCUACGAUGACCGGGUCUACGACGCGCUCAAGAACUGCCACGUCAUGCGCCUCGAGGGCGUCUCCCAUGACGAGGCGCGCGCGCUGAUGGAGUAUUGGGGCGCCAGCGGGCUCGUCCGCGGUGUGCUCAGCACGGAGCUGGUUGCCCAGAAGUGGGCGCUCGGCGGCCACGGCAACAUCGGCGAGAUGGAGCGCGUCGUGCUGCAGAACCUGAAAAUGUGA